CUGAUUGGACAGGCGGCUCUAGAGUGACUGGAGCGCAGCGACGGAGAAUCAAAGCAGCACAAACCCACUGCGCUCAUGGCACCAAGGAGAAUGGAGACCAAACCAGUCAUUACCUGCCUCAAAACACUCCUCGUCGUCUAUUCCUUCGUGUUCUGGAUCACGGGGGCGAUCUUGCUGGCUGUGGGAUUAUGGGGGAAGUUCAUUUUGGGUCCGUACAUCUCUCUGAUCGCUGAAAACUCCACCAAUGCUCCCUACGUGCUCAUCGGGACCGGGAUCACCAUCAUUGUGUUCGGGCUGUUCGGAUGCUUCGCCACGUGCCGCGGGAGUCCAUGGAUGCUCAAACUGUAUGCCAUGUUCCUGUCUCUGGUGUUCCUGGCAGAGCUGGUCGCUGGCAUCUCGGGCUUUGUUUUCCGUCAUGAGAUCAAAGGCACCUUUCUGAGGACGUACAACGAGGCCGUUGAGAACUACAAUGCCAAAGAUGAGAGGAGCAUCGCAGUGGACAACGUCCAGAGAAGUUUGCAUUGUUGUGGUGUUCUGAACUACACCAGCUGGUUCUCCAGUGUUUAUUAUCCUGUGAAUGGACUUCCUCCGAGCUGCUGCGCUAACAUCUCCGACUGCAACUCCUCAGACCUGCAAAACGCCACCAUAGCUCCCACCAAAAUCCAUCAGCAGGGCUGCUAUGAGCUAGUGACGACUUUUAUUGAGACUAACAUGGGCAUUAUUGCUGGAGUAACGUUUGGAAUUGCAUUCUCGCAGCUGAUCGGGAUGCUGUUGGCCUGCUGUCUGUCGCGAUUCAUCACUGCCAAUCAGUACGAGAUGGUGUAGCGACACGUGCACAGGCACAGAAGACGUACAACACCUUGGAAAGGGAAAGCAACCCAAAAAUGCUAGCACAAUCCAUUCUUUCUCAUCUCUUUUUUAUUCUUUCUCUCCUUUUAUCUUUCAUUCUGUAUUUCCUUUCUUCUUUUUUCUCCUUUCCGUCAUUCCUUAAUCAUGCAGUUGUGCCAUGACCAAAGCCUCUCCUUUCAAAACGUCAGCGUUAGCGAGGAAAAGGAAAUGGUUUUAAGAUGCACUCCUGCGCACGCGUACUUUACUCUGUACAAAAACCUUGCAUGCGAAAACCAUCUUACACACACACAAACACACACUAAAACUAAAGUCAACAGUGUUUUUGUAACACUGCGUCCUAUCCAGUCACACAAAAGCCAAUCGAUAUCACAAUCUCUCUCUAGCUGCAUAUCAAAUAUGUUCAGGUUAGCUUUGGUUUUUAGGCUUUUUCUAUUUUUAGACAGAGAAAUUACUUAAUGCUUGGGACAUGAAUGCAACUUAAGUGUGAUCUGUUAGAUAUUUAUCCCUUUUUUUCAGAAGAAAAAAGAUUUAAAAGCAGUUUUUUCUUUGUUUCUAUUUGCCACAUUGCAGUUGGUAUAGCUUCGCCCACAGUGAAUUCUCAUUGGUCCAGAUAGAUGUAUAUUACACAUCAGACGUUCUGAUUGGCUAUUUCGGACAUUGGCUAUUGGCUAUUUAGGACACGGUGUUACUUAACCCCUAGAAAGUGAGAUUUGUUAGUUAAUUGAUUUUUCAAGAGGAAAUCUAUUAAAAAUGAAGAAAAAAAACAAUGCAGAUGACAAGAUGUUUUUGUUGUUGUUGUUGCUGUUGUAAAAUCUUUGGCAAAGGGGUUUAUCUCAGAAAUUGCUUUUUUUUUGUCUUAUAUCAUUUGGAUUUCAUUUUUUGCUCCACAUCUCAGCG